UGUGGGCGGUACCCAGAAGGGUAAAGGGCAGCGCGUCUGUGUGUCUCUGUGUGUGCAAGACAGGCCAGCCCCAGCUAACUCACGGCAGGCUAGUGCCAUGGUGAAGGUGAAUGGGUCGGAGAGAUGCUGGUAGCCCACGGCGAGGACCAACCGACAAGAGAGAGAGAGGAAGAGAGAGAGAAAGAGAAGAAGAGAAACAUCGAUGUAAGAGAGAAACAUUGAUCCGUUGCCUCUUCUGUACCCCUCGUUGGGGACCUGGCCUGCAGCCAGCCAUGUGCCCUGACUGGGAAUCAAAACAGUGACCUGUCAGCUUACAGGACGACGCCAGAGCCACUGAGCCACACCAGUCAGGGCAAUUCAUAAUUGCCUCAGUAGCUAACUCAGGUGGGGGGGGGGAGGGAGAGAGAGCGCACAUUCAGGAGAGCACUUACAGGGUUCCAUAGUAUCCACAGUCUCAGGCGUCUGUUAAGGUCUUGGAACGUACUGUACUCCCCAAGGAUGACGGGGCGCAACGCUAUCCCAUCCCUGGUUCCUCUCAGGCUGAAACGGGUGCUUCUAACCACGACCACUAGCUGCCUUUCCAUACGUGGAUGGUGAAGUCCACCAAACUGCUAGAAAGAGACGCACAUUUCUUCAUUUUGGCGGUGGUGUUCUUCUCUCCUCUACCAGCCGGGACUCUGCUCAUCCUUCUAGGUCCAGCCCAAGGAAGCCCUUUUCAUGGCUUGGCUCAAGAAGCAUUUGCAUCAGAGACCAUUCAUUUACAGCCUUGAAAACCUGUACCCACGGCCUCGGAUGGAAAGAGCACGACAGAUCUGCCCCGCUGAGAGCACCGUGAUGGUGCGUGGAGACUGCGUGACGGGCCUGGAGAGGAGACGAGAUUAGCAUAGUUACCCAGACAGCGUGGAAUCCACACAACCGGCUUGGGUUUGAAUCCCAGCUCCGCCAUUUCCUGACCUUUAGGAACUACCUGAAAUAAAUUACUGAGUCUCUGUGCCUCGGUGUCUCCGCCUGCUGAGUUAGGCUUCAGUACGGUUCCUCGUCGUGAGGGUUAAACAAGAUCAAGAGCAGACACCGCACUUGGCACAGAGUAGCACACACUAUCUGCUAGUUCUUUUAGUUACCUACAGGUUGGGGUAACCCCUGGCGUCCUUGGUUUCAGGACUCCCUGGGUGAGGUUGACAUUCCAGGGUAGGGGACAGGCUCUGCCCUGGGGCUCUGUAAGUCCCUGAACUGAAUGUGACCCGGGACAGAAAAAGCAGCCCCAACUAGUUGCAUAGUAACGGGGCUUUCUUUACGUGCAAAGAAAAGAGUCCGUGUUUACAGGUAGCUAGGUGGCGGGUUGUCAUCGGUAAAAGAGUUAAAGGUUACACAAAAGGGAAUUCUGUCUGUGGAAUAAGGGGAGCGGGGAACUAGCCCAGUUGACCCGGAAGGGCAGCCCUCCAGGCCCUGCCCACCCCGAAGACUGUGUGCUCUUUAUGCAAAUUGGACAUGGCGUUCCCCUGUGACCAUAGAAACGGAGCCAGUUCUCCUUGGACAGUGCUCUGAGGAAGUUAUUUAACUCUGGACCCUGAGGACCAGCCGCACAGAACCAGCUCCUCUGGGAACAUCCCAGGCCCCUCGGCCCUCUGCGUCCAGCUGAGAUGGGAUGCCACACCAGCAAGACUGCCACCCUGGCGGUGGAGCUCCAGGAACCGGGAAAGCAGCCCUCGGGAGCAGAGCCAAACCUGGAGGCGGGUGCUGAGGCGGUGGACCACAAAGAGACUCCCCUGCAGGACGGGGCAGCCGAGCCUCAGAGCUAAGAUGCUUCUUUCUUGAGUCAGACUCUCCUUCUCAUUCCUGGAACUGCCUUUGGCCCCCGAAGCCCGAGAUGAGCCCCAUUCUGAGCAGCUCUGAAGAGAAGGAGGAGAGAAAGAAAUCCCCGUCUCCCAGAAGGCCCCUCAGCAGCCUGGUUCCGUGGGCUUGGGAGGAAGGUGAGGCCCUGGGGAAUCUUCUUCCCCAGCUCUCCAAGCAAGAGGACCAGAGAAGCCUGCCCAUCCUGGGGUUGCCUGCAGCUUCCGGAUGCGAACGAGCCCUGGAAGGACACUGUCCUGGGCCCAGGGACAGUUGGCUGCUGGGCUGGGACUGUCCACUGGGCCCACCGGCCUCCCUGUCUGAACCACGAAAGCUCUGUGGUUGCAGCGCCGAUUCGGGUGUGUGGCUUUUCUCUUCUCAAAAGCUGGCUGAAUAGCCAAGGUCCCUAACGGGGAGGCUGUGCGUUUAGCUCGGCCCACACUGUUUGUAUGAAUAAUUGAAUAUUGAACUUGGAGCGUUAUUAAUGAAUUACGGGAACAAGCAGGUUCAACUGUGACCAUGUCAAUGGUGGGGGGGGGGUGACAAGGCCUUGAUUAGCCAGUGAGCAGAGCUCCAAGGGCUGGCGCAAAGGAGGGAGGCGGGGCCGUGUUUCUGGUGUUUUUUAAUCCCCUCAAGAAUGCCCCUCUGCUCCUGUGCCUCCUCAUAUCAAAACUCUGUCAGUUUGAUCCCCCAGCAUCGGAGCUCUGUAUCCAGCCUUCGAAAAUCUUUCCCUGUUUACUCACAUGUCUGUCAGCCUUUCUCCCCGCCCAUCCCCACGUGUGUUUUGUUUUUUACUCGACUCAGAAGCAUGUUCGUUGGAAAUCCAGCAGACAUGUUUGCAAAUAAAGGAUGAGACUACA